AUGUUUGAUGAUCAGGACCUGGGAUUCUUUGCCAAUUUUCUUGGCAUCUUUAUUUUUGUACUGGUAAUAGCGUAUCAUUAUGUGAUGGCUGAUCCUAAAUAUGAAGGAAACUAAGGUUUCUUCCCUUUUUGUUAUGAUUAUGGUAGGUAGACAUUCUAUGUGCUAGUUAUGUGGACCAAGAUGUUUCAUCAAAGGAUAUAAUUUGAUUAUGUUAAAACAGCUGGUUGCACCUAUGGAUGUAAUUUUUUUGCUGCUAUUUUCAUAAGUUUCUUAUCUUCACUUCUUAUUAA